AGGGGGACGUGUGGUCAUUUCUUCUCCAUUGUGUUCAUACAUACAUGUAAAAAAAAUAACCCUUCCCUAAUAUGUACACAGAUCUGAUCUACACAACCUAGCAAUAAAAGAAACUGUACUUUAUUUGGCAAAACAUAAUGUUCACUGCCCGCCAUCACACUGGGACGUGCGACUGUACAGACAGACUAUCCGACCGGUACACACGCUCUAGUUACGUUGUCAUAACUCUUCGAGCGAGGCGUCAAGAUAUGUGCCCUAGAUUCGAUUACAUGUCAUCGGUUCAAGGUAGUUAGGUUCAUAUACAAAGCAAGCUGCAAAGUCAACAUUCAUGGGAUAAUAUAGGUGUGCGUUUACUCAACCCUCGAGUAAAGAACGCACUGAAAGCUCUAUAGACCACCUAGUUUUCUAACUAGGAAGUAAACCGGGUCAAACCAACUUGACAAUUGUCCACACCUUUGACGGAGAAAGCUGAGGUCAUAAAGCCUCAACGUAGACGCAUGAGCAGAGUCACGAGCCUUCGCGGUGACGGCGUAGAAGGAUUUAGACUGAAAGCACGUGUUUUUGGUAUAAUCCAGUGAAUCAUGAUCGAAAAAAUAUGUUGAUUUCGUCACGGACUAGGACACCCAAGUGACGUUUGAACUGGCUUCAAAACACUUUAUAAAAUAGGAUCGGUGGAAAAGCGAUUCUCACACAGGGAAGAGACAGCGGUUGAUGAAAUACGACACUACCCACAGUUCUCAAACAUGAUUGUCGCGUGGCUGUGCGUUCUUCUAGUCGUUUCAGGCCAUGGUAUAAGUUUCGCCAUUGCCCAGGGCGCGACCCAAACUUCAGUUACUACGGCAACCAAGCCAGGAACCACCAUGCCUGGAACCACCACCACCACCAUCACCACCAUAGCUGCUUUUGAUAUACUUAGAAGCAGUUCAUCUCCAGGAGGAACAGCUUCCACAACUGUUAAAAGUACAACCACUCGCACAACCUUACAAACUGGACAACCUGCCACUACCACAAUAAGACAAGCAGCCACAACCUUACCUGGUCAAACUACCACUACCACAACUGGACAAACAUUUACAACCUUACCUAGAGAAACUACCACUACCACAACUGGACAAACAGCUACAACCUUACCUGGGCAAUCUACCACUACCACAACUGGACAAACAGCUACAACCUUACCUGGACAAACUACCACAACUGGACAAACAGCUACAACCUUACCUGGACAAACUACCACAACUGGACAAACAGCUACAACCUUACCUGGACAAACUACCACUACCACAACUGGACAAACAGCUACAACCUUACCUUGGCAAUCUACCACUACCACAACUGGACAAACAGCUACAACCUUACCUGGACAAACUACCACUACCACAACUAGACAAGCAGCUACAACCUUACCUGGACAAACUACCACUACCACAACUACACAAGCAGCUACAACCUUACCUGGACAAACUACCACCACCACGACAGGACAAGCAUCUACAACCUUACCUGGACUAACUACCAUAACAGGACAAGCAUCUACAACCUUGCCUGGACAAACUACCACUACCACAACUACACAAGCAGCUACAACCUUACCUGGACAAACUACCACAACAGGACAAGCAGCGACAACCUUACCUGGACAAACUGCCACUACCACAACAGGACAAGCAUCUACAACCUUACCUGUACAAACUACCACUACCACAACUACACAAGCAGCUACAACCUUACCUGGACAAACUACCACCACCACAAUGGGACAAGCAGCGACAACCUUACCUGGACAAACUACCACCACCACGACAGGACAAGCAUCUACAACCUUACCUGGACCAACUACCAUUACCACAAUUGGACAAGCAAUGACAACUAAACCUGAACAAAUGACCACUACUACAACAGAGCAAGCAGUGACAACCUUACCUGGACAAACUGCCACAACUUCUACAAUACAUACAAGCACAAAUGGACAGAUUACCCAAACCACCACCACUACAACAAUGGGAGGUCUCACAACCAAUCCUCCAACCACAACCACACAAAACAUGGAAAAUACAUCAAAUUCUUCUUCAAGUUAUAUAACCAGCACACCUUCAAGCACUACCAAACAUGCUUCAACCACAUCAUCAUCAUCUGAAAGUGCUACAUCCAAAACCACAAUACAGCAGGUAGAAUCAACCACCCCUGGGCAACCAUCUUCAAUCUCCUCAGUAACAACACCUUCUUCCACUCAAACAGCAUCAAGUGUGUCUACUUUUACAGGCUCAUCAGCAACAAUUAAUCUUUCCUAUUCAAGUACCACACCAAAUAACACAACCAAUAUAAUUGCAAGCUCUUCUGUUUUAAUUGCACUGAUGACAACAAGCACUUCAAACACAACUCAACAAGCAGUUGCAACCACCCCUUCUGUAACACCUACUGAUGCAACAUCGACCACACCUAGCAUUAAAACCAUACCAACUACAGGUGAUCUUUUCCAUCAAAGUACCAGAGCAACAACCAUACCCAUUAAUUCAACUCUAGGUACAACAACCACUUCCUCGACUAGCACUACAAUAAGUUUCAGCACACCUUCUUUAAAUACAACAGCUACUGAAGUAACCACUUUGCCAUCUGGGACCUCACAAAAUAUGAGUAACAGCACACCAAGUUUUCCUCCCUCAAACAAAACAAAUGCCUCAGAAAGCACCACCCUUUUGACCACUUCAGCUACCAGUAGCACAAUAAAUGCAACUGUUAGAACCACUAACACAAUUUCUUCAGUUUCAGUAUCUAAAACACCAAACAUCUCUACUACAGGUGCAACACUAAGUACAACUACUCUGUUUCACACUAAUGCCUCACCUACAAGUACAUCCAAAAGUACCACCACUUCUUUGGUUGAAAGCACAACAGCCACAACACCUGCACCUUUAAAUACAACAAUGGCUUCUGAAACUUCUACUACCCCUAGAAGCUCAACACAUAGUACAACAAGCACGGAAACAAGUGUGUCACCGACAAGUACUAGUACAACCAUAACACCCACCCGGACAACUCCCAGUACAACAAGUACAGCUAGUAGUACCAUAUCUAGUACAACAGCAUCUAGUACAACAACAUCUAGUUCAACAACAUCUAGUACAACAUCAUCUAGUACAACUAUAUCCAGUACAACAACAACCACUGGUACAACACCUACUACCACUCCUACUACCACCACAAGUACAGAACUUGGUACCAGUUCCAGUAUAAUUCAAAGUACCACAGCUUCUACCACUAACACAUCCCCUUCAAGCACCACAAUAAGUACUGCAAGCACCAUGAAAAUCAUACCAUCUACAAGCAUCACUAUGGAAAGUACAGCGUCACUUAGUACUACAAGUAAUACCACACAAUCUGGUGCAGGCAAGCCUGCUACCCAAACUAUGGCAGAUCAACAGAAAUUGGCCCUGUACAUAGCUGUGCCCAUAGUGUUGAUACUGGUGAUAGCAGCAGCCAUAUUUGGAUUGUGGGUCUUUUGUAGAAGACGAAGAGGAGGUUUGUCCAUAACAGAUAAGGAUGACUUUAAUAUGCUCACUUACAGCAGUGCAGAUCCGUCUGCCACCAUGACAAGAUAUAAACUAACCAACCACAAACGCACCUACUCAGAUAAAUGGCGUAAAGGAAAGGGAGAUAUUGAUGUCUGGGACUAGACUGGUGCCCCCUGGUGUUUGAAGAUGCUGCCUCAGGGGAUCCAUAUGAAUAGUCCGAAGUACAGCAUUUGUUCAAAGACUUGUAGCCUGAAUAUUAACUUCUUCUGUGACUUUCAUGAGGACUGCAAUUCCACAUUCAUAACAUCAGGAGCACAUAUUAUGUAAUAUGGUAAUAUCUGUCUGAAUGGAACCCGCAGAGCAAACACUUCCAAGUUCAGUAUAAAAAUUGGUACCCACAAAUGAUGGAAUUGUGAUGUAGUGAUAAAAAUCCAACAGGAUCUGUCAUCUAUCCCAGGGAGUAAAAGUCUGAAACUUGAGCAGGAAAACUGGAAUGCUUCAAUGCUGAAGCGCCCAUUAGAGAUGAAAUGA